GGCGGUUUGCCGCGCGCAGGGCCCACCCUGGCGAGAAGGACAAGGGCAUUCGGCCCGGAGUGUGUGUCCGCUGGUGUGUGGGCCCCCAUAUUGAAACCUGGCAACGGGGGAGAACUUUCGGGGUUGUAUUGCGGGGAGCUGGGUCGAUAGCUAGGAUGGGAAAGAUUGGCCCCCUCCGCCUUGCGGUCACCCAGAAGGUGAGGGGUCUAGGGAGCCUGCCUGGAGGGUCGGCGGCCAAGGCAGUACCGCGGUGCUGCGGGUCAUUGGGAGUAUUGGCUUUCCCACUGAGACCCACUUUAGCGCCCACGGCGCCACUGCGCAUGCUCUGGAGGGCUCUUUGGGCCAAAUUCAGUUUUGUUGCCCACUUGGGUGGGAAGAGCGGGGAUGUCCUAGCUGCAGAGUUGGUAAGGAGAGGCGUGCCUUGUUUGUUUAUUUAAUAAUAAUAUCCUUUAUUUUUACAAUAAUUAUAAUUAUAAAGCGCUUUCAUAGAGUGACAGCUACAUAUUACACCCGAUGUAAAUUGUGCCUAAUAAUUUGAAUAAAUUUAAAUCAAGAUAGGACUAGGUCUUAAACCUGACGUUAUGACUCCCCGUCCAGUUCUCUUACACUUUCCACACUUUUGUCUCUAAUGGUUAACUGCCUAUUUACCUCCACCCCCUCCAUUCAUCUCUCACAUAUCAUCCCCAUUUAUGAUAUUAUGACAUGAAUCAAAGUACCCAAAGAAUUUAUGGGAAUUUCAACAUAAUGCUGCAACAGAAGAGAUUAACGAGAAAGAAUAUACAUUCUUUGCAAGUGCAGGCAAAACAGUUAUCCCAGUUACUAAUUUCUACACCUAGAAAUUAAUGAGAAGCCAUGAAAUCCGCUGUUCUUUUGGCAUUUAGUAUUGAUAGAAUCGUACAGAUGAUGGAGAUAACAGAAAAUCCAUGCUUAUCUCUUUGUAUUUCUCUUCAGGUUGUAAAUUGAAGAACUCUUAAAGCUUUCAACAGGAGCUUUAUGUACAAUAGCAGUUUUAUUUGGUGGAUCUUUGUGUCCUUUUCCUGUAGAAUAAGGAAGGGAUUCCUUGGGGUGUCUCAGCUUCAAAACCCAGAAUCCUGGUGGGUUUUUUUUCUAUCCCAUCUCUUAAGUUUGGUAUUUUAUGAUAGGCAUCCAAAGAAAGAGUUAAGAGCUUAAGUUCUGGAGUCAGAAAAGCCCUUGAUUCUAACUCCCUGGCUGGACUACUUAGCUUUGUGAUUUGGGGCAAAAAACAACCACUUUGCAUCUCACAUUCCUCAUCUGAAACAGCAAUAAGAGAACUUACGUCCUUGUAGUGUUCACAGAUGGGGCAUGUUAAAUGCUUAGCACAGUGCCUCGCACCUCCAAAGUGUUCAGUAGUUAAACCUAAUUAUUAUGGUCCUUGUUUUUCCCCCCUGUAACCCUGUAAAUGGAGGUUGGGAGUAAGAUCUAGAAUUUCAAGGCCCAUACAAUGGAAUCAAUACAGAGACUACUAGAGCAGGGAGUGAGAGUCAGACAACAUAGCACUUUCUCAUUUUUUUUCACGUGGAGAAAUUCCAGCCAGAGAGAGAAAAGACACAAAGUGAGUUAGAGGCAGAGCCCAGACUGGGAUGCAGUUGUCUCCCUCCAGCUGUUAAUAACUUUUCACUACUAAGGCUACCAAAGAGGAGUCUCCUCCAGAGUUGCUUAUUAAUGACACACAUAUGCCCUCCUUUUACAAUUUGGUGGCAGACAGCAUGAUGUCCUGCCUCUCAGCUAUCAAUAAAGUUGUCCUUUUUGUCUGAUUUGGAAAAAAAGUCAGUGAAUUUUUUACUGAAGUUGUUUCAGCUGCCCAGUAUUUAACAGGAAGUGUCCUAGAAUCUGGAGAUAAAGUGAGGCAGACACUAGAUUGAAGUGCUUACUGUGUGUUGGCCAGAAUGUGAUCAUGGGAGGUUGUAAGGAAGAGAAUAGUCCCAGGAGAGGAAAUUGCACCAGGAAAGCAUGGAGCUGGGGAAUUAGGGCACAUUCAAGGAAUGAGAAAUAAUCCUGGGCAAAAGAGGUUUUGCAGUUGGGAUAUGGUGAGAAGGUAAGCGAGGCUCAGAGGUCCUGAGUGCCAUGCCAUCGGUUUGGAUUUUAUUCUGUAGGUGUUUGGCUUUUUUACUGAGGAAAAAAAAUUCCACAGUGCACUCCCAUAAACAGUCACUCCCCUCUAUAUAACCCAUCAACUGAAAAACAAAAGCAAAAAGAUUCUUGAGGAAAAUCUGCAAAAGAGGGGAAAAAUUAUAAAUAUUUUAAUAAAUAUCACAGAAAGAUGCUAUUAGGAGUGAGGAUUACCAUAUAAAUUCAACACAGCCUGUUUUUUAAAUAAUACAUUUCAGCACUGGCUUUAAAGCUUUACAUGAGCAUUAGCCAUGUCUGAAGUGUUGGCAAGCACUGUAUUAUACCAGCAGAUGCAUGUCAAUCUGUCUUCAUGUAUCAGCCUCUCCUCUGAACUUUCCCACCAUCUAUCAAUAAAAAUGUACCAUGUAUCAGAAUGAAUGACAAUUGCAGUGUGCUUGCUGGGCUAAAAUUACCAUUGCAAGAAAUUCUCAUGCUCCAAGGUAUAAAUGGAUUAUCAGCUAGGAAAUUGGCAAGAAAUCCCAUAUUCCUUUUGAACCAAAGAGCUUGCUGCUGGGUCACUGUAGUUUUAGUUCUGCUACAUGAGACAGAUGCAAAAUGCUGCAUCCAAGCUUCAUUUUACCUUAUAGUUUUGUUUUUAAAAUAGUUCUUAUCUUUUAGUGACACAUACUGUAAUAUCUGCAUAUGACCAUGUAAUAUCUGAGAUGUCUUUCAAUGUAGCCCAGGAGCAGGGACUGAGGGGACACCGAUGAAACAAGACUGGCCACAUGUUGGUCACAGUGGCAGUCGGCUGAGGGUUAUGCCAUUUUCUACAGUGGUACAUGUUUGAAAAUCUUGCUAGUAAAGAGUUUUAAAAAACACAAUUUCCAUAGCAGUUCUCAGUCUGGUUUUCCUGUGACCAUUUUAAAGUCUCUGAAAGGCGAGCCUGGAUUUUGAUGUGUUGCCGAGUUAUAAACGCAGUUGAACAUGAAUGAUUGGAUGCCCAUUGCCAAGGAGUAUGACCCGCUUAAAGCUGGCAGCAUUGAUGGCACUGAUGAAGACCCCCAUGAUCGUGCAGUCUGGAGGGCAAUGUUGUCACGAUACACACCCAACAAAGGUGUCACAGGAGACCCCCUCCUCACCCUGUUUGUGGCAAGACUAAACCUGCAGACCAAAGAGGAGAAGUUAAAGGAAGUGUUUUCCCGCUAUGGGGAUAUCCGGCGACUUCGGCUGGUGAGGGACUUGGUCACUGGCUUUUCGAAGGGCUAUGCCUUCAUCGAAUACAAAGAAGAGCGGUCUCUGAUCAAAGCUUACCGAGAUGCAGACGGCCUGGUUAUUGACCAACAUGAGAUAUUUGUGGACUAUGAACUGGAAAGAACUCUCAAAGGGUGGAUUCCCCGACGACUCGGAGGAGGUCUGGGAGGGAAAAAAGAAUCUGGGCAGCUGAGAUUUGGGGGGCGGGAUCGGCCUUUUCGAAAACCCAUUAAUUUAUCAGUUGUUAAAAAUGACCAAUAUAGAGAGGGACGAAGGGAAAAGAGGGAACGAUCUCGAUCCCGAGAAAGACACUGGGACUCGAGGACAAGGGACCGAAACCAUGACCGGGGCCGGAAGAGAUGGCAGGAAAGAGAGCCUGCCAGAGUGUGGCCUGAAAGUGACUGGGAGAGAGAGAGAAACUUCAGAGACGACAGGGCCAAGGGGAGGGAGAAGAGGGACAGAAGUAAGUAGAGGUUCACCAUCACCACCAGACUCCCAACGAAGAUACAUAGUAAGUACACACACACACACAGACCUGCAUUGCCUUUAUAUGAAGCAUAAGUUCAAUGCUUGAAUAAAACUGAUAAUGGGUUUUAGAGUAAGUUUUCUUUCCAGUCUGGAGCCCAGGUUCAAGCUGAACACGCUGGUAUUGCAAAUUUCUCUUCAUCUUGUGUUCUAAGCUUAUUAAAUAAGUUCAUGUUAUUUAAUAAAUUUGAGAAACAAUUUUGUACUUGCCAGCAUCUGUACUGAAGGACAUGUGUAAGGGGCCAUCGUUCUCAUUUAAUUUGCUAGUAGAGAAUUUGUUUGUUUUGAGAAUUUGAUUUUGUGCCAUCUAUUGGAAAUGACCAUUUUGAGGGCUUGGCUUUCCUUUUUUGGUGAGGAGGCUGGCAUUUGAAAUGAAAAACCAGUUGCUGGGCUCUGGGGUUGUGAUCUGUGGCAAUAUUCCAGCCCUUUGAAAAGAUAAAGCUCAAAAGAAGUGAUUAAAAAAAUGAAAUCAGUAAAAAGUUUGUAUCUGGUUCUGAUGGAAUUGAUUUGUCUUUUCCCUUUUGAUCAUCUGGCCUCUCAUUUAAGAGCUAGAUACAUUGCCCUUAACUCCUGAUGACUUUUGAGUUAGUACUGUACUGUUCACGUGGUUUUUUUGAAGAGCAACGCUUAGCAUUUUUGUUCUAUCAAUGACUGUAUCUUUGAAAGUUCAGGUUCUUAAAAUUCAAGAUGUUUCAUGCAAAAUAAAUGUCUGAUUUAGUA